AUAAGUGAAAUCAGAUAACCAAACCCCACAACAAAGAUCAGAAGGCUUUGAAGAAAACAAGUCACAGCUUUGCACCAAAGUACUCUCCUACCACUCUCUCUCUAGUUCUUUAUCAAUCAUUUCUUCAGCUUCAUUAUGAUGGGUUUAGGGUUUUAGGGUUUGUGAACUUUUGGGCAUGUUGAGUGCUAGUGGUCUCUUACGAGGAACGUCUUGAAUUUUGUGGAAUAACAAUCUUGAAUUGAUUCCAUUCCAAUGUUUUUAUUUAUUUGUUAUUUGAAUUUCUGUGAGCUGAGUUGGAACUGGCCUACUUCUUUACGAGGCUGAAAGAUGUUGGGUUCUCUAUUUGUUCUUAAUGAGCACUUCAAUGAUCUUAUGUGAAAACUUAGUCUUUUCAAAUCGAAGCGUUUGUCACAAAUCGUUGUUAUAUUCACAUAAUUUGUCUAAUAUUGUUGUUCAAUUAAGUCGGGGAAGGAAGAGGUUUGGUGGGUUGAUUCCUUAUGCAAAGAAAAGUCAUUCAAGGAAGAGAAGUUGGUGGAAGAAGUUCUUUUUCGAUGAGGAUGGAAAUUGGCUUGGUUUGAGGGAUGAGGAUAUGCUUGAAGUUGAAGAGGAGGCACCGGAGAGCUCGGGCGAAGACGAGUUAUCUGAGGGUGAGAAGUUUGAAGUGUGGAAGAGGAGAGCAGAGGCAAUCAUUGAAUUGAGAGAAGCCCAGGAAGAUAUGAGCAAUGAAGAGAAUAGGAGGUGGGAAGAUUGGCUUGUAGACAGAACAAAGGAUGUCAAUGGUUCAUCAUGGGUUCAAGAUUCCAGUGAUGAACUUGGGAAAUCCAGAGAAGGUGUACAGGCAGGUCCUAGUGAGAUGAUUCCGGAGAGAGGGUUGGUCGAAUCUGUGAGGGAUUUGGUCCUCGGAAGGGAGGAUGAUGACAUGCUAUAUGAGGAUCGUGUUUUUCGAUAUGCUUCCUUGAACUCAGCUAAAUUUUUGGCAUUGUUGGUAAUUGUACCAUGGGCCUUGGACUUUUUGGUUCAUGAUUACGUUCUCAUGCCCUUUUUGGACAGGUAUGUGAAGACUGUACCACUUGCAGCAGAGAUGCUUGACGUGAGAAAACAGCAAAAACUUGAGAUGGUUAAGGAGUUAAAACUUGAGAAAGCAAGAAUUAAGCUUGAGGUAGAGAUUGGUAAAUCUCCACCUCUUUCUGACGAGGAGUUUUGGUUGGAGUUACAGCAUAAAGCGAUAGAGUUGCGCGACGAAUGGAGGUUAGAGAACCGCAGAGAAUUUGCCAAUAUAUGGUCGGAUAUAGUAUUUGGGAUAUCAUUGUUCAUUCUUUUAUACUUCAAUCAGAGUAAAGUAGCUUUGCUGAAAUUUACAGGGUAUAAAAUAAUAAAUAAUAUGUCGGACACUGGGAAAGCAUUUCUAAUUAUUCUUAUUACAGAUAUUUUUUUAGGGUAUCAUUCUGAAUCUGGUUGGCAGACUUUAAUAGAGAUCAUUGUGGAGCAUUAUGGGCUUGAGGUUGAUCAGUCUGCCAUAACUAUAUUUAUCUGCCUAGUUCCAGUUAUCAUUGAUGCAUGCGUGAAGCUUUGGUUGUUUAAAUUCCUCCCAAGAUUAUCCCCGAAGGUGGCAAAUAUUUUUCGAGAAAUGAAGCGGCAUUAGAUAGAUUUUUUACCCUUCUUACUCUUUUGAUUUUCUUAAAAUAUAAGAAAGUACCAGACAAGGUCGAGUGUAUCAGCAAUACUACUCUUUCUCCGGCUCAACAAUGGUUGCUUUCAGAUUCCUUAUAGAGGCUUUUCUUGACUCGUGCUUAGUAUCAGAAUGUGGAAACCAGACCUGGGACUGGAUGAAUUGUAGCUAUACUCUGUUAAUACCUUGUCAUUGGUCAGAUACUACUUAUUCACAUAAAUUCCUUGUAAUUCUUUGAAUUAUAAUGAAAAUCAAGAUUAUGGAUAUUAUAUCCAUUUUCAAAUAUUACAUACAUAUUACAGAUUUGCCAAAUUCUACUGUAAACACAUUUUUUGAAUGUUUUAAUAUAAUAUUCAUCGAAGUUUUGCGUAAA